AUGGAGAAUCAACAAGAGAAUUUUGAAAUCAAAAAGAUCCCAUCGUUGGCUAAUGCUUUCGACAGGAAUGGUCAACGUUUACCAUCUUCCAAUCAGAUUCUUUCAAAUUUACCACAACCAACUUUUCAACCAUCUUUAUUGCCAAUUCAAAAUGGCGGAAUAGGAAUAACCAAUCCGAUCAUGGCCAAUCCCUUAAUGAAUCAAUACAAUCCAUUGAUAAACAACAAUAACGUUGGAUCCCCCGCAAAUAAUUACCCCUUAUAUCAACAACCGAAGUUACCUAAUUUAAAUGCUCAAUUCAAUCAACAGUAUGAUCAACUACUUGCUCAAUCAAUAAGUAAGAAAAAGGUUCCAGAUCAACCUCAUAAUGCUUAUAACAUGACGAACGCCCCAAAUGGUAAUUAUAGAGUAACACAGAGUCAACUGCCUCCUUUAAUCAAAAGUGAAAUGACUCAAUCCCCACCAGAUUUAGGGGAGAUGCCUCAACUUAAACAUAAUAAAAGAGGACCUAAAGGUCCAAGGAGAAAAAGAGAAGAAGGAGAAGAAGAUUCACCAGGGAGUGUUACUGAAAAGACUGAUACUCAACAAAAUGAAAGUUCCACGUAUUCAAAUUUCAAAGCUAACCCUCAAAAGAAAGUUCACGUUCAUAAUCAAUAUAGUAGUUUUGAUGAGGUAAAAGAACAUGAUUUGGCCAAAGAUCAAGAUAGACCAUACAAAUGUACUCACCCUAAAUGUGCAUGGGCUUUUGUCCGAGAAAGUGACUAUAGAAGACAUAUUAAAUGUCAUGAAGCACCAAGUUAUCAAUGUCCAUAUUGGAAAAUUGAUCCCAGUUGUCAUAGGAAAGGCGGAGCUUUCACCAGAUUAGAUGUUUUGAAACGUCAUUUAAAGAUAAUUCAUUACGUAAGAGCCACUAAAGAUGAUAAGAAAUUGAAUGGUAAAGAAGACCCUGGAUGGUGCAUUGCUUGUCAAACUACUUUCAACAACUCGAAGCAGUUUUUACUCCAUACCAAUGAAUGUUCAGAGAAGUUAGCCAUGAAAAAAAAUGAAGAAGCUUCCAAUAACCUACUGAUUUUAUCAUCAGCUAUUGAUGAACAUGAGAAGGAUAAUCAACAAAAUCAAAAUAAAGAGAAUCAAGAAAUAGACAAUACGUCUUCAAAGAUCGGAGAGAAUGAUAGGAAGAGAAGAAAAAGAACUUAA